AUGUGUCAGGGUGAUUCCAUAUUUGAUCUCGUAGAUCCCCGUGACCACACUACUGUUCAAACUGAGCUAAGCAGUGGUCCUCAACCGACAACGUCUUUUCCCGAAGAAAGAGUGUUUCUUUGUCGCCUUAAUCUUGCCAGAACUGCCAAAAGGCAGUUACAAUAUCACAAGUUCAUUCUACUACAAGGACGGUAUAUUCAUCCGGCUGAGUACUUCCAGUCGGUAGCCAAUACUCCUGAAGCGGUGAGGGCAAAUUUUUAGUA